UCGGACAAUUCUCCAUGCACGGCUCCUCUUAUGUUCGCCGUCCUGGUUCCAAAGUUUACCACUUUCAGCAUUGUAUCACAUACCCCUCGUGCUGUUGCAACAGUGUUUGAGGUGGGAAGUUCUAGAGCCUGUCCUCGCAUUGUCCGCCUAUGAAGACAACGCGUUGUUACUUUGAGAUCUGUCUGUUGGAGGUGCGGGGGAAGGAAGCCCGGAGGUUGUGCUUGUGGUGAGGAGUGGCCAUGAAGGAGAAGCGCUGACCGAUGAACUGACCAACACUCGCCGACGUUGACCCUGCAACCCCACUGUUGGACGGCAGGCCAGGUGAGGAAUGCACUCGUGUGCUCUCUGUAAGGAGGGAAGCUGUGGCUGAGGAGGGAGAGAGAGCACCGCUGCCUUCCGUCCUGAUCUCUGGCCUCACUCACGUCACACCCGUACCCUGGCCGAGAGCUGCAGAUAUGGACUGCGUUCUGCCACAGCUCUCCAACACCUUGCUGACUGCAACAUGCAAACAAACGAGGAGCUAGCCUGGGAUAGAGUGAUCUACAUUGUGUUUGAGCUGGUGAUUGCUGUGCUGGCUGUGCUGGGCAACGUGCUGGUCUGCUGGGCCGUCUAUCUGAACAGCAACCUGCAGAACGUCACCAACUUCUUUGUGGUCUCGCUGGCCGUGGCGGACAUUGCUGUCGGGGUGCUCGCCAUCCCCUUUGCCAUCACCAUCAGCACUGGUUUCUGCUCGCUCUUCUACGGUUGCCUCUUCAUCGCCUGCUUCGUGCUGGUGCUGACGCAGAGCUCCAUCUUCAGCCUGCUCGCCAUCGCCAUCGACCGCUACAUUUGCAUCAAAAUCCCACUCAGAUACAAUAGCCUGGUGACAGGUCCACGUGCAAGGGGAGUCAUCUGUAUCUGUUGGGUCCUGUCCUUUCUAAUUGGCUUGACCCCGAUCUUUGGCUGGAACCACUCCGAUCACAACAUAACGGUGCAAUUGAACGAUACUCCACGAUGUGGGGACGGCAUGGUCCCCUGCCUGUUUGAAAAGGUGGUGCACAUGGACUAUAUGGUCUAUUAUAACUUCUUUGCCUGUGUCUUGGUCCCCUUGCUUUUAAUGCUGGGGAUUUAUCACAGGAUCUUCAUGGCUGCUCGCCAUCAACUCAAGCAGAUGGACUUUAAAAGCCUGCAGCCGGAGAGGAGCAGGUCCACCCUGCAGAAGGAGGUGCAGGCAGCCAAGUCCUUGGCCAUCAUCGUGGGCCUCUUCGCUGCCUGCUGGCUGCCACUGCACAUCAUCAACUGUGUGAACCUCUUCUGGACGAGCGACCGUCUGCCAGGGAGCGUCGUCUACUUCGCCAUCAUCCUCUCACACGCAAACUCCGUUGUCAACCCCUUAAUUUACGCCUACAAGAUCAGAGAAUUCCGAAUGACCUUCCGGAAGAUUCUGAAGACACAUGUUCUGAGGCAAUCAGACCAGACAUUCACAAGGCAGAACACGAGGCGCUCCAUUUACGUCAGUGGAGACAAUGUAAACAUUCAGAUCAAUGGGUGUGGCCUAGACCUUCUCAACACUGGUGACGAGCAAGGAGGGGUUGCAGAUAGAGACAUUGUCCAAAAUCGGGAUAUUCCAGUCCGCCGACCAAACGGGAACAGCCCAGGACACCCAAAAAAUGAAGAGUUUCUUUGUCGAGGCCAAGGAUUGCCGCAGGAGCGGGGUUUGUGUGGUUGUUGCCAUGUACAUCGCCACACAGAUUUUUCACACAAGGCUUCCUGCAAUGCUCUGACUGAUGCCUCCUGAGCAGCAACCAAACAAGGCUUCAACGUUGUCGUCACAGCAAGGCGCAGAGAGAGGGGGAGCGGGACGCAGGAAGAAUGAUAGCAGAGGUGUGUGAUGGAGCAGCCUGAUACAGUGCUGGGCGCCCCUUGUGUUUGUUGGGGAACUGCUGCUCUCAUCUGGAGAGAGGAUGGUGUUGUCCUCACACUGAGUGCUGUGUCCCCUCUGAGGGCUGUACAUGUUGACUAAACAUCCAGUUCCUCUCAUAGUCCAGGUUGAGUCUAGACUCACUACAUUGCUCCUGACUGUUCACUCGGUGCACCUCAGAUGCUCUAAUCCCAACUGUCCCGGAUCCUUAAUGCUUUACAGCAGAUUGUUUUUGCUGCCUUCCAGUAUUUUAAUUGUGAACAAAUCGAUCCUCUAGAAAGAUCACUGUCUUAAGUUAGGUUCCUCUUUGGUGGUACAGAGUUAUACAGCAUGAAAACAGGCACUUCAGCCCAACUCAUCCCUUCUAAGCUAGUCUCAAGUGCCUGCAUUUGGCAGAUAUCCUUCUUGGUUCUUGGUUUCUUGGUCCUCCAAAAUAUUCUAAAUGGAAUUUAAACUGGAGGUGGUGGAGGGAGGACUUAAGCCAGAAAGGGUUAUUGGGAUGAAAGAGAUACUUUAAAUUGUUGCAUCUGGUUGGGUAACUAUAGUAGGGUGGAGAUUAUUCCAUGCUUUAAUUGUACGGGGGAAGAACGAAUUGCUGUAUACAUCUGUCUUUGUAGCUGGGAUCACAAAUUGGAUUGAAUGCCCUCGUCUGCUCCUAAUUGGUUUGGGUUUGGUGUAGGUCUUGUAAUCUAUGUCGAGCUGACCAUUUAACAUUUUGUAAAAACAGGUCAAACGGUGAGCUUCACGUCUGUCUUGGAGAGGGUUCCACCCCAGAGAAUUCAGAAGUUUGGUGACACUCGCUUCUCUCUCAUAGGUGUUAGUAACAAAUCGAGCUGCCUGUCUUUGGACACGUUCGAUGGAAGAAAUGUUUUUAUUUGUGUAUGGGUCCCAUGCUGCAACUGCAUAGUCCAAAUGAGGUCUAACGAGGGUGAAGUAUAGCUUCUCCUUGACAGAAGUUGAACAAUGAUGAAAGUUGCGCCUCAGAAAGUUUAGGACACCUGUUGCUUUCACCGUUGCAUGAUGCGUCUGACCAUUCCAACGCAGAUCAUUCUGCAAUUUGAUGCCAAGAUUCUUGGUUUGUUUGGAUUGUAAGAUGUUUCGCCUGAAUUCUAAACCUUUCCUAUCCAAGUACCUGUCCAAGUAUCUUUUAAAUGCAGUUAAGGUACUUGCCUCAAUUACUCCCUCUGGCAGCUCGUUCCGUAUACCCACCACUUUUUGAGGGACAAAGUUGCUCCUCAGGUUCCUAUUAAAUGUUUCCCCUCUCACUUUAAACUUAUGCCAUCGGGUUCUUAAUUCCUUUACCCUGGGUAAAAGGUUGUACAAUAAUCCUGUCUAUUCCCCUCUUGAUUUUAUACACUAUAAGAUCACCCCUCAACCUGCCCAUCCUCUCCCUAUAGCUCAGACAACGAGUCCUGGCAACAUCCUUGUGAAUCUUCUCCACACUCUUCCCAUCGUAAUGAGAUCCUUCCCAUGGCAGGGUGACUACAACCGAACACAACACUCCAAAUGGUGCUGGCUACUUGGAAAACUGUGUCACCGUUAGUGUUACCGGCACAGGUCAGGCUCUCAAACGUGGACUGUAAUUCUGUAAUUUAUUUCUAUCACUAAUAUUUAAAAUUAAGGAAGCUAAGCGGACGGCGCUCGGAGCAACCAGUUACCUACCCGGCCCAUGCUCCCACUACAGGUAGAAGUCGUGUUCUGGCUCGUGCCUUUACUGAUUCCUGUACCAACCUCUCACCGUAGGGCUCUAAUUCGGAAGCUGGUCCUCUGCAGUUAUGUGUUAGAAUGUUGUGUGUGUCUGUCUCCCCCCCCCCUCCUCCCCAAAGGCCCUUUGUUGGACCGUUCUCUGCCCAGAGUCAGAGCUGCAGGAAGUGAUCAAGUAGCCCGUCGGGCUGGAAGAUGACAUGAGAGUGUGGGGGGUGCGGGGGGCAGGAGUUGAUGAGCAAGAACCUGCUCUGUGGACAUGAAGGUUUAUGGAUCUGCAGCGUCAUCGAUGGGGAGCAACGGGACUCUGUUGAAUAAAGAUGCAGGUGCAGCAGACUCUUCAUAUCAGAGAAAUGGAAGUGAAUCAGCAGAUGAGGGUGAGAGGAGCGUGGA